CAGCCGCAACCCGGAAGUGGGGCGCGCCGUGAGGCCCGUUCCCUGGCCGGUCAGUGGGGCCAGCUGGGCGCGGCCAGGUGUAGAGUCCCUACGGCGCGAGAUGGCGGCGACGGCGGUGAGCGGAGCCAAGCGGAGCCUGCGGGCCGAGCUGAAGCAGCGUCUACGGGCCUUGAGCGCCGAGGAACGGCUGCGCCAGUCCCGCCUCCUAACCCAGAAGGUGCUUGCCCACAGCCGGUACCAGCAUUCCCGGAGGGUCGCCAUCUUUCUGAGCAUGCAGGAUGAGGUGGAGACCGAGGAGAUCAUCCAGGACAUUUUCCGACAAGGCAAGGCUUGCUUCAUUCCCCGCUACCGGCUCCAGAGCAACCACAUGGACAUGGUGAGGCUGGCGUCGCUGGAAGAAAUCCCUCUGCUGCCCAGAACCUCGUGGAACAUCGCGCAGCCUGCGGAGGGCGAGGCGCGGGAGGAGGCCCUGUCCUCAGGAGGACUGGACCUCAUCUUCAUGCCGGGCCUGGGAUUUGACCAGGACGGCAACCGGCUGGGCCGGGGCCGAGGCUACUACGAUGCCUAUGCCAGGCGCUGCCUGCAGGGCCCAGGGGCAAGGCCCUACCUCCUGGCCUUGGCCUUCAAGGAGCAGCUUUGCUCGCGGGUGCCUGUGGGUGACCAUGACGUGAGGGUGGACGAGGUCCUCUAUGAAGACGGAGCGGAUGGCACGACGCCUCAGUCCCAGGACUGACAGCAGACCCCACGGAGCCGGCUUGGCGCCUCAGGUCCCUCGACCCACCGCAGACUGGUCCCCCAGCAGUGCCUUCUUCCCGCCUACCCGCCCCUCUAAAUCUCGAUCGGGCGGCUCUGAACCGGGAGUGGUGGCUCAUGCCUGUCCUCCCU